UUCCAACUUCCUUGAGUGUAUCCGCCCACAGUCGCUUUGAGAUCCGGCAGUCUCCGAGCGCAGCUCACAUCACCUGCAGCCAGGAGAGCGAACUUCUCCUCAUUUACAGAAAAGAAAGAAAGAGGAGGAAAGAAACUGUUUUUGCGUACGGAAAAGAACCCGCAUUCGCAGAUUUACAUAUAUUUUUAGAUUUUAUUGUUUAAUAAUGCAGGAUAAGCGUGCAUCUUUUAGUCCCUUUCGCAGACCGCAGUAUCUGGCGGCAGCGGCUCCGGCUGGAAGAGCGAAACUAACUCAUCCUGGGAAAGCGAUUCUGGCAGGUGGAAUCGCUGGUGGCAUAGAGAUCUGCAUUACUUUUCCCACGGAGUAUGUGAAAACCCAGUUACAGCUGGAUGAGAAGGCCAACCCACCAAAAUACAGAGGAAUAGGUGAUUGUGUGAAACAGACGGUGCAGAGUCAUGGUGUUAAAGGACUGUACAGAGGACUCAGCUCACUGCUGUAUGGAUCCAUACCCAAAUCUGCAGUCAGGUUCGGGAUGUUUGAAUUCCUCAGUAACCGUGCAAAGGAUGAGAAUGGUCGACUGGACAGUACCCGCGGCAUGCUCUGCGGGCUCGGAGCAGGUGUCAUGGAGGCCGUGCUGGUGGUUUGCCCCAUGGAAACCAUUAAGGUGAAAUUCAUUCAUGACCAGAGCUCAGCCAACCCCCAAUACAAGGGUUUCUUCCACGGAGUCCGAGAGAUCAUCAGGUCGCAAGGACUAAGAGGAACAUAUCAGGGUCUGACUGCAACGGUCCUCAAACAAGGCUCCAACCAGGCUAUUAGGUUCUUCGUAAUGACGUCUUUAAAGAACUGGUACAAAGGUGAUGACCAAAACAAAACUAUUAGUCCCAUCAUUACUGGAGUCUUUGGAGCAACAGCAGGGGCAGCCAGUGUAUUUGGAAACACUCCCUUAGAUGUCAUCAAGACACGGAUGCAGGGUCUGGAAGCUCAUAAAUAUAAAAGCACACUGGACUGCGCUUUGAAGAUCUUCAAAUAUGAAGGCCUGGCAGCUUUCUACAAAGGGACAGUACCCCGGCUCGGCCGUGUGUGUCUGGAUGUAGCCAUUGUUUUCAUCAUCUAUGAGGAGGUCGUGAAGGCCCUGAAUGUAGUCUGGAAGACAGAGUGAGCUGCAGGAUGUGCAGAGAAGGCGGCACAGAUCUUAGUUUGCCAGAUCUCUUCUGUAUUAUAAAAACAGCUGUGAACGGGAUGGGGUGGAGAGCUGGACUUAGAUUUGUGUUAUAUGUCGACCUCAAAGCUACGGAGAAAAGAAAAAGCCUAAAUGGAUGCCCACAUCUGAAAGCCUGGAGGUUAAGCAGAGCUUUUAUGCUCCACAUAAAGACUUCUGCCUGACAAGAUAAAGUAAAAGAUUAUUUCAUAGUUUAUAAAUCUUAUAAAGUAAGUGAAAUCACUGUGAAAAAGCUGCUUUGUCUUUAUCACCUGUUUUUAAAUUAAACCACAUCAACAACUUUUUUUCCCCAAUGUCUCUGCUUCACUCUCAUCAUAACCCGCUCAUAUGGAGAACUUAACAUGUCUCUGUCAAUCCCUGUUUUAAUGAUAUUUACAAGAAUUUAGGUGUUAUUCUGGAUUUUCCUGAGUUAGACGUUGUGUGUUUUUGUCUCUUCUGCAGCAGCUUACAUGCAUACACACUCACAGUUAGACAUUUAACUAAUGUAAUUGUACACAUAGAGUAUGCCAGUUAUUUUUAUACAGUACAGCAUAGAAUAUAAUGUUGUUUUCAAAAAUAAAUCGCAGUGUAGUUAAAUAUAUAUUUUAAUUAUGUACCACCUACAGAAACUAUUACCCAAUGAAGAUUUCUUGACAGUUAAAACAUAUAAAAGAUUCAAAUAAUUUUUGUGAGAGUAAAACUCAUAAAAGUAGAUUUUUGUAUUUAUUUGAAUAACUAAAUGUAUUUAUUGACAACUGAAUGUUAAAUUUAGUCAGACAUUUUCUACCGCUUCUUCCAUUGUGGGUCGUGGGGAAGCUGGUGCCUAUCUCCAGCAGUCUAUGGGCGGGACGCAGAUUCACCCUGGACAGGUCAUCAGUCCAUCGCAGGAUGUUACAUUUAAUCAAGACUAUUUGCUGUUAAUCUGUGCCAAAUGUGUUAAAUGUGUCAUAUAUUUCUGUACAUCAAGUGCUAUUAAGCUGUUUAUGAGAUUGUUUACUUGUUGGGUUUCACUGUGAAUUACCUGAAUUAUCUCUCCAUUCAUUGCUAUCAUUUUAGUUCUGAACCCCUGCAAUAGUUAAGGCACCCUGAUCCUUCCAAGUAUUGGCACCUCUGGCAAAGAUAUGUAAAUAGCCUUAAAAUGAUCUUUAAUCUCAUAAUAAUUGAUUGCAUAAUUUUAUAUUUGACUUAUUAAAUAAUCCAAUCUUUAAGUAGAUGCAGUCAGUAGGGAAACGAAACAAGUUCUUUAAAAAAAGUUAAAGUAAUUUGCACUUUAUUUUUAACUAAUAAAUACAAGUUUCUAGAGAAUUUAGACCCAUUUCUCUUAGACACUCUUAAAAAUGGGAAAAGCAAGAAAACAUGCCAUUCAAUUUCUGAAGAUUUGUGUUCAUCUUAAUCAGGAAAUGGCAAUAAGAUUAAAAAGCAAGCAAUAAUUAAUGCUUUUUUUAAUGACCGAUUUUUAGAUUAACACCUGUGACAAACAGUGCUGGAUGAGGACCUUUCCGUUUCUUUAAACCAUUUGAAAACAUAUCUAAGGGGGUGCCAAUAAUAGUGGAUGUUGCUGUAUAUGCCCUCUGUUUCACCCGCGGUCAACUUUCUAUUAAAUAUUGCUUACAUCAGUAGGUCAUAAGAUAAAGCCAAAGUUCCCUUGGAGUUAUUUUAGAGGGAAAUUAACCUUCUGCAUUAGAAACUCCUACUUAGUCAGACCUAUCCACAUCUCUUAGACAUAUGUACAAGUGAGAAACGGAAUCACAAGUAGAGAUUACCUUAUCUGCUUUAAGCAACGGUUUACGAUUUGUUUAAAUCAGUAUCCGGAGCGGUUCACGUUAAAUGCAGAUGUUCAUUCCGGUUCUACUUCACACUUCUGUGCCUUUUGCUGAUGUGUUUGUUGGUAAAUGGUUUGUUUGAGGUACCAUCAUCAGUUAUCUCAUGUUUAACUUGGUCUUAAAGAUGAGAUUUAUGUGAUCCCCUUUACUAGUGAUGUCCAGUCAUACUUGAUGUAACUGUAAUGAUUGUACUAAAAUUGUUUCAUUAUUAUUUUUAUCAAAGUAAAUUAAACAUGACAAAUUCGUUGUAUUGCUGUACUGCCAAAUGUUGCCUAAAACAAAAUGUUAUAUGAGACUAUAUCAGUAUAUUCGAGGUGUUGCAUGUGUAGGCGUGUUAAGGCUGUGUGGGUGAUUAAGAUGACGUUUGUGCAAUAAAUGUAGCCCCUUC